AUGGAGAUGCUACCGAAGAGGAUGACUCACCGCGAACAUGUCACCAAAACCAUGGAACAAUUGAAAAGUCUCCGCUAUCGCAGUUAUUCCAUGGAAAAACCAUGGCUGGAUGCAGAAGGAAAUUUGAUUUGGUCUCGCAACAGGAUGACUGCUGCUCGGAUCGCUUUCUCUCAGAGCUUCGAAACCUGUAUGGGAAUUAUUAUUUUGGCCAAUUUAGUGCUGAUCAUCUACGAGGCCAACGAGGGUGCCAAGUGCUUUCCAGACUAUUUCAAGAACAUCAAAGACUGUCCCUAUACCAGUGACUCGAAUCUUUGGCUCUACAUGUCCAAUGUGAUUUUGCUUUUGAUCUUUUCUGUGGAGUGUUUGUUUCGAGCCUAUGUGGAACGUGGAUAA